AUGGCCCUGUUGACCCUGGCAUUGGCCUCUUUGAUCCUCUCGCUCGUCUACCUCGCCGUCCGCCAUGUCCUCCGUCCCGCCGAACCACGCGCCACUAACUUCCCCCCGGGGCCUCCGACCAUCCCCUUCCUCGGCAACCUCCACCAGAUCCCGUUGACCAAGCCGUUCCUCCAGUUCGCCGAAUGGAGCCGGACCCACGGCUCCCACGGCCUCGUCGGCCUGCGCCUCGGGCCGAGCAGCAGCGCCGUCGUCGUCAACUCGUGGAAGGCCGCCCGCGACCUGCUGGACCAGCGCGGCGCCGUCUACUCGUCGCGGCCCUACGUGCCCAUCGUCGAGUACGUCGUGCCGCCGCCGGGCGACAUCCACCUCGUCUUCAUGCCGUACGGGCCCAAGUGGCGCAAGGCGCGCAAGACCGUCACCGACUUCCUGCGCGACGACGAGGUCGACGGCCUGCUGCCCCUGCAGGACGCCGAGUCCUCGCAGAUGAUGCACGAGCUGCUGUCGGCGCCGGGCCGGUACCACGACCACAUCCUGCGGUACUUCGGCGCCGUCAUCAUGACGAGCGUCUUCGGCACGAGGGGCCGCGACUUCAGCGACGAGGGGAGGAUCAAGCAGUUCUUCGCCUGCCAGGCCGAGUGGGCGGGCAUGCUGGACCAGGGCGCCGUGCCGCCUUUUGACGUGUUCCCCUUCCUGCGGCACGUGCCGGACGUCCUGACGCCAUGGCGGGGCUGGCAGCGGCGGGCCGCGGCGCUGAAGUCGAAGCAGAAUGGGCUGUAUCACGACCUCUUCGAGGAGGCCAGGGCGCGCGUCGAGCGGGGCAAGGCUGGGGACAGCUUCGUCGCCAGCCUCCUCCGGAACAACGCCAGGGACGGCUACAGCGAGGUCGAGCUGGAGUACAUCACGGGGUUCCUGAUGGAGGGCGGGUCCGACACGACCGCCGGCGCUUUCGAGACGUUCGUGCUCGCCAUGGCCGCCUAUCCGGACGUGCAGAAGAGAGCGCAAGCCGAGGUCGACUCGGUCUUUGGCAGGGAUGGCGUCCGGUCCGAGAAAGCCAGGGCAGACGCGUUGCCUUACCUCAAGGCGUGUUUCCUCGAGACUCUGCGAUGGCGUCCGGGUUUCCCGCUCGCCAUCCCCCACGCCACGACCCAGGACGAUGUCUAUCAGGGGUACCAUAUCCCCGCCAACACGACCAUUCUCAUGAACAUCUGGGCCAUCAGCCACGAUCCGGACGAGUACGAGGACCCGGACUCUUUCAGACCAGAGCGGUUCCUGGACGGCAAGUUCGGCACCAGCAGCAGUCGUGAGGAGUCGAAGGAGACAGCAGGGGGGGACCAGUCCCGCCGGCCCACCUACGGCUUCGGCGCAGGGAGGAGAGUCUGCGCGGGCCAGCGGAUGGCCGAGAACAGCAUGCUGAUGACCAUGUCGAAGCUCCUGUGGUACUUUGACGUCGUGCCCGGAGCCCGGGCGCCGGACACCGGUGUGCAGACGGCUUUCAAGGACGCCAUCCUGACGGGUCCGAAGCCCUUCGACGUCAGCUUCAACGUACGGGGCGAGCAGCGGCGAGGGGUCCUGGUCGACGAAUGGGCCAAGGCGGAUGCGUGGCUUGGACAGUUUGAGUAG